AUGUCGCUCGUAACGCCGCCGCGAAACAACGACCGCUAUCCUCAACAGCAGCAGCAGCAGCACUCGGCCCAGAGUCUGACUUCCGACUUGCGAUCCAACUUGACCCGACGAUUCACCACCGAGUCUGGCAACGUACCAACCAUGUCGUCCAUGAACCUCACGUCUCCCCAGCGAGGUCAAGGCCUCGGAUCGACUCAGGCCAACCGAGAUGCCCAGUACGCCGCGCAGCGUCAGAGCCAAAUGUACACGAAUGGGUUUCCCCGGGCCCAGCCUGCUCGCAUCGAUCACGACGACUACGACGGCAUGAGUAGACAUGGCCAAACUAGUCAGGCUAGCCAGAUCGAACAAAGCCGAGCCGAACUCGAACGCAUCCGGGCGCAUCGGCGCAAAUUCGAGCAAGAAAUGGAGGCUCUCGAACAACGUCACCAGCAGGAUCUCCUCCAAAUGACCAGCCGCUACAAUGUUGGGCACCAGUCCGAGCCCACAACACCUCCCGAGCACAAUGCCAACAGCGGGUUCCCUUCCAUGUGGUCACGUCCCGCCCGCAUGUCCAUGUCCAACAUGACCUCGCCUCCUGGUUUCAUGAAUCGCCCUGGUCGAUCUGGCUCCCACCUCAUAUCGCCUCCUUCGGGCAUGGCGCAAGCUCGGGCCGGCUGGGACAGCGCUCUACCCUCCAGGUCGGUGCCAACGACGCGCAGGAACAGCGACGACGAAGAAAGGGAUGAGAAUAUUCGCCAAGAGAUGGCCAACCACCGAGGUUCUCACGCGUAA